UUUCCACUCACUUUCCAUCUAUCGUUCUGAAUCAAGUUGCACAUUUUGUUUGCAGGGUUUCCCAAACAUUCGAGGACUCCUCUUCCUCUUCCUCUCAAGUUCAAAUUUUGAUAAACCCAUCUCGCAGUAAUAGCCAUUACAAUUCGCGUAUUGAAGUUCAAAAUGCUUCCUCAGCGAAUGAAGAAAGCUGUUACCGAUAACCCUAAAAAACUCGCAAACUUGAUUGAUCUCGUUAACCUUCCUUCCACUCUCAGAGACUUCGUCGGUCAAUCUCAGACUUCUCGAUUAACCUGUUUCAUGCGCGUUUGGUCCUACAUCAAAACCAACAAUCUUCAGGAUCCAAAUAACAAAAACGUGGUAAACUGUGAUGAGAAAUUAAAAGGUAUUCUACUUGGGAAACCUCAAGUUGAGUUAGCAGAACUUCCAACACUUAUCAAGCUACAUUUUCCGAAAGAGCCCAAGUGAUGAUGCAUGUAAUACGAAUCAAGAUGUAUGUCUUAUAGGAAAUGGAGAACAUGCAUACUCUUCCUCAUGAUGAGUCUCUCAAUUGUUUCCGGCAUUUCUUCCCCCCCAUAGAUUCCGCACCAACAUUAGUAUAGGAACCUAGCAGUAGAAACACCAAAUUGGCAGUUUUCUUUGUUGUGUAUGAAUGUAUUAGAUUAAUCUUAUCACAUGUGAUCCAAUUUAAAAAUGUCCUGUUUCGCUGCAUGCUUUUGCAACUACUUAUGUUGUUUUGAAGAAA